AUGGCUGAACCGGCUAAAAAAGAUGCUAAAAAAGGUCGAGAACCAAAAAAUCAAGUUCAUCAAGAAGCAAUUCUUGUUGAAACAAUACGUAAAGAAAUGGCUGAACAAAAAUUAUUUACUAAUUAUUCAGUGAAUCCAUUUAAGAAAUCUGAAGCACUUACACCGAAACCAAAUGUCUAUCCAGAUGAAGGUUCAGGCCAAGAUAGCUCAUUUAUUGAUAUUAUACAUAGAGCAAAUCUCGAACCGGAAAAAAAAUAUCGAGAACCACAAACAACAAGUCAAGAAAUUGGAUGGUUUCAUGAACCAUUAUUGAAAAUCGAUCGUACUGAUAAACGUCUCAAUUUCCCCAUGACUCGAUCAGAAAUUUCUGCUUAUGCUGAAGAAUAUUUUCGAUUUCAACCAAAAAAAUAUGACAAAAGUCUUCGUCAACCUGGUGAAGGUACCAAAUCAAAAUAA